UUUUUGGGAAGCAUCCUAACCUAUUUUGCGGCAUCCUCCGGCCCUUGCAACCAAAGAAUCGCUCACAGCAUCCUCGAGACAGAUCCUCCGCAACGGCAUCUCUACCUAAGUUGUGUGCACACCUGAGUGAGCUUUGCAGCCAGCCUGCUCGGACCCCCGACGCCGUCGCCGCGAAACCAUGCUCGUCGCCCAGCCCACGCCGGACGCGGCCCACUGGCGCCCGCACUGCACGCAGCUCGUGCCGCACCCGCUCUUCCCGCACGGCGCGAAGCACUUUUUGCACCCGUGCGAGCACCUCCGACCGGGCGUAGACGUGGUCAUCCCUGGUUUGCCCUUCCCGUUACGUGCACCACAAUCGCAGACGAACAGCGGCGACCCGACGGGCCGGGCCGUGUGGCGAGGGGCAAGCGUCAUGGCGGCCCGCAUCCUGAAGCACGAAGGUAAAUCCCAGAGAAGAGGCGUCGCAAUUGAGUUAGGCUGCGGCGCGGCGGCCAUCCCCGCAACAUGUGCAGCCUUCUGCGGCUUCGAGACCUACGCGACGGACGUGCCCUCGAUGAUUGCCGCCUCGUCCAAAGCGCUCGAGGACCAUCUUCGUAAUGACGGCUUCUCCGGUACGGUGCGAGCGGCUUCAUUAAGCUGGGGCCGCGCCAACGCUCAAGCGUUCGCCCGCGUUCAUGGACGGGCGGACCUCGUGAUUGCCUCGGAGUGCCUCUACGCCCUAAAAGCUACUGAUUUAACCGUGGCGGCGGCGACGAUGGAGGCGUUGGCUUCGACGAUUGCCGAGUUGCUUUCGAUGAAUGGCGUCUGCCUCGUCCUCUACAAUCCCCGGUCUGACGUGGAAGCGUACUUCUGGGGCGCGCUGCCGCGUUUCAAUUUGCGGCGGCGGGCGGACUCGCUCCAUGGCAUAGCGCUGGACGACCUCGGCUUCGCGGCCCAGCGCGUCGACGGCCUGAAACUCUACGCCGUCGAGCGCGCGGACGCCGCGCUGCCUGCACCAAUUUUCCGCCCGAUUCUUGUGUCGCUGCCGACGACGCCCGUGGAGGACGUGCUCGACUAAUUUUUCUGUUCUGACUAAA